CAGCGCAGCAGCGGCAGUAAACAGAGAGAGAGAGAGAGAGAGAGAGAGAGAGAGAGAGAGAGAGAGAGAGAGAGCUGUAACCUAAGCUCUCUCGGAGCGACUGUGACAUUAGUGAUACUCAGCCGUUAUGCCUCCAUGCUGCAGUUUCACAGCGCUGAGUUCCAGCAGCAGCAGACAGACCACCAGAGACUGAGCGAGCCGCCGACCCGAUGCAGCAGCAGCAGCAGCCCGCGUCCCCGCACUGACCGCACGCAGGCUUUGUUCUCUAACCGGAUUUGGGAAUAAAGUGCCGAGGGGGAUCAGACCAGGCUAGCGCUCUCUGAUACAGCCUCUGCUGCUUCCUGCACAUGUAGCUACCGGGCUUUAGUCCUCUCUUAUGUUCAUGUUUGCCUGUAAAAGUGGGCUAAUCUGCUGAAUCCGCGCGAACUGAGAUAACGUUACACCGACCUGGAGUUUAUUAACCUGACAGGACCGAGGCUGUUUGUACCGAGGCUCGUUUACUACAUCCCGGGCUGAGCAGCCGGAUGUGUUGCUGGACUUACCGCAGUACGGAUCAGCGACAGUGCAGGGAUACAGUGUAAUCUGCAAUAAUGUAAGAAGUCUCAGAGAUCCGGCGCUGCUGGGUCAGCAUAAUAAACAACGCUGUUAAAGUGAGGACGGAUAGUCAAGUCUGGGCAGAGAGGAAGUUUAAGGACGUCUAUACAUUAGUUGAGUUAUUGAUUAUUGAUUAUUGCAUGUUCAAUUUCCAACUUGCUUCAUAUUCUCUAGGGAUUCCUUAAAAAUAUAUUUAUUUAUUCAUUUAUUUAUUGCAGAAAUCGAAAUUGAACACAAUGCAAGAGUUGGAUUUUUUGCGGAUUUUGCCACUUUAUAAAUUAUUGAAUGCAUAAAAUAUAAAGUCUAAAUAUUGUUUUUUUUGUUCUGUUCUAAGCUUUACAAAACUAUUAUAAGCAAUAACAAAGCUACAAAUUAAUUUGAUUUAUAUAAAUUGUAUUAAUCCCACCAGACAAACCAACAAAACACAAUAUAACUAAAAUGCAAUUUGAGCACGUCAUCAGCAACGUCAUUGUUCGCUUUAUUUAUUAAUUAUUCAGUCUUUUUCCUUAUUCAGCCGAACACCCAAAGUGCUUUUUGCCAUUUUCAGUUACAUAUACCAAAUAUUCGAAUAUUUUAAUUUUCUUGCACCUUUUAAUCGAUGGCUCGACUGCGCAGGAGAGCUUGCGUGGCUCUUUUCCUUUUCACGCUCUUCAUUCUUGCGACUUUAAUGGGCUUAAGAACUCUAAAGCCCACCGAAGGCUUCUCGGCUCUGGCUCCAGGCGCAGACGCGCGGCCGGUGGUGGUGGAGAAAGUGGACAGGCGCUCGGUUCCCAGCGACGUCCAGCCCUCCUUACCGGGUCAAGCACGCAAUGCUAAAGUGGGAGGCUCGAACUCCAGCCCGGACAAAGGCAUAUCCUACGAUGUUCACAUAUUUUACAACAUGUGGUAUGGGACCCCGCAGCUGGACGAGCGGUAUCUGCACUGGGACCACAUUCUGGUGCCCCACUGGGAUCCCAAAAUUGCUGCUAGUUAUCCCAGGGGAAGACACCUUCCCCCAGAGGACAUCGCGUCCAGCUUCUACCCAGAGCUGGGACCCUACAGCUCGAGGGACCCUGAGGUUUUGGAGUCACACAUGGAGCAGAUUGCAGCAACAGCGGCAGGUGUGUUGGUGGUGUCAUGGUAUCCUCCGGGCCUGGCUGAUGACCAUGGAGAGCCCACUGAAGAUCUGGUUCCAUCAAUCCUGGAUGCAGCCAUCCGACAUGGCCUGAAGGUUGCGUUCCAUAUCCAGCCGUACAAAGGAAGGACGGAUCAUAGUCUACAUGACAACAUCAAAUACAUCGUUGACAGGUAUGGAGAUCACGGGGCUUUUUACCGCUUCACUACCAGUAACGGAAAAGCACUGCCUCUUUUCUACAUCUACGACUCUUACCUGACACCUCCAGAGGCCUGGGCAGACCUGCUGACUGCAACCGGCUCGCACAGCGUGCGGGGAACCCAGUAUGACGGGGUCUUCAUUGCCCUCAUAGUCGAGGAGCGUCACAAACACGACAUCCUUGCUGGAGGAUUUGAUGGGAUGUAUACUUACUUUGCUUCCAAUGGCUUCUCCUAUGGUUCCUCGCAUCAAAACUGGAAGGGUCUCAAGGCCUUUUGCGAUGGUAAUAACCUGCUGUUUAUUCCUAGCGUAGGGCCUGGAUACAUCGACACCAGCAUUCGGCCCUGGAACAACCACAACACUCGCAACAGAGUCAACGGCCGAUAUUAUGAAACCGCCCUACAGGCGGCACUGAACGUACGGCCUGAGGUCGUCACAAUCACCUCUUUCAACGAGUGGCAUGAGGGCACGCAGAUUGAGAGAGCAGUGCCUAAAAAGACUGUCACGCGUCUGUACUUGGACUACCUGCCACAUGAACCUGAUCUGUAUUUAGAGCUGACUAGAAGAUGGGUUGAGCAGUUCAGUAAAGAGAAGGAACAGUGGCUGAUGUGAAGUGCGUGUUGGUUUGAGGCAGCUUGCCGUGGAGGAAAUAAAGACAGUGGGCGUGUGGUUUUAUUUGAGUGAAAGAUUGGUUUAUCUAAUGAGCAUUCUGACUGUACAGUCAAGGACAGUUUAUAUGGGACAAUAAAAGCACUGGUUGUGACCAGAAUCCACUUCUCCUCAUCUUUUGGAACAGUCCCAGGCAUAGAACAGAACACAGUGAUGCGGACAAAAAAAAAAACAGUUGAAAGACAAGGACCCAGAUAGUCCCGCCUCUAAAUGUGGAACAGUUUGUUAAAGUCUGCAGAUGUGGUGGCAUCUUUAUCCAGAUGUUGCAUAAUGCUGUGGUGAAUGUAACUGAUAUUGACACCCCAUCAGCUUGGUUUUCUUUCAGAAACUUGAGUCAGAAAAUACAACCCUCCUCUUAGAAUGAUUAAAUUAAUAAAUACAUAAAUAAACAGA